UGUGUAACUCACCCAGUAAGACUAACGAGUAGGUGACAGGUCAGCCUCUACAUUGCGCGUUAAUACGACUAAGUAAAAUACUAUUGUUCGUAAUUUUGACGACAACAAAUGCUGUUUACGACAUUACGUUUGGUUCUGGGUCUAGUCCACAUUUGGACAAAUUGUUAAUUAGUUCGUUGUUUUAAUUCCGUUUUCGGAGUGAACGGAUAACAUCUUGCACACAGUAAACUACUUGGCUGUUGUUGAGCAUUUUCUAGAAACAAAAUUGGAAUUGGAAAAUGUGAUAAAGAUACUAACCAAAUCUGUGAUAAUUUGAAAAUAUAGAGGAUCCCUUAACGGCUGCAUUUUCACAUUCAACAAAACAAGAUGGUUGCCAAAGAAGAGUUUGAUGUGUGGGAUUGGUUUGCGUUCGUUGCCAUGCUGGUUAUUUCCGCUGGUAUUGGAAUAUUCUAUGCGUUUAAAGGACGUCGAGAAAACUCCACCAACGAAUUUCUGAUGGGUGGCGGAGACAUGAAAAUGGUUCCCGUCUCCAUUUCCAUUCUUGUGUCUUUCAUGUCCGCCAUAUUGAUUUUGGGGACACCUGCAGAAAUGUUCACGAAGGGAACUCAGUACUUUGUCUAUACCUUCGGAGUUAUCUCUGCUGUUGUCGUAGCAGCAAACAUAUUCGUGCCACUGAUAUACCCCCUAAAGCUCACCAGUUCAUUUGAGUAUCUGGAGAAAAGAUUUGACUCUAAAGCCGCAAAACUCACUGGGACUAUCAUGAUGAUAUUACAACAGGUAAUCUACAUGGGAAUAGCGUCCUACGCUCCGUCAACAGCUCUGGAGGCGGUUACGGGAUUUCCAACCUGGGCGACCGUCAUCACAGUGGGCCUAGUAUCAACUUUCUACACUUUCCUGGGUGGUAUGAAGGCGGUUGUCUGGACUGAUGUGUUUCAGUCAUUUGUAAUGGUGGCCGGGAUACUGGCUAUAGUCAUACAGGGGACAAUAUCUGUCGGAGGCCUGGAAAAAGUAUGGCAUAUCAACAAAGAAUGGGACAGGAUCGAGUUUUUCGAUUUCAAUCCUGACCCCACUCAAAGACACUCGUUCUGGUCGCUGGUUGUAGGCGGAAUGGUCGGAUGGACGGCUACGUACGGGGUCAACCAGGCCUCCGUACAGCGAUACUGUGCUCUGCCGACUCUAAAGAAAGCGAAAACGGCUGUUUUACUGAACAUAAUAGGAGUAUUUGUCCUCGUGACGAUCACGUGUCUAGCGGGUAUCGUUGUAUUCGCCUAUUACGCUGAGAAAGGAUGUGAUCCACUCUCCAACGAGGAUGUUUCCAACUCAAAUCAGAUCAUUCCAUUCUUUGUCAUGGAGAAGCUUGGUUACCCUGGGCUACCGGGUCUCUUUGUUGCUUGCCUAUUCAGCGGGGCGCUUAGUACUAUGUCUUCAUGCCUGAAUGCUCUGUCCGCUGUCACCUGGGAAGACAUCCUUAAGCCUUGUUUCUAUAACUUGUCAGAAGAGAAGAAAACCUGGGUCACCAGAGGUCUAGUAAUAUUCUAUGGUGGAUGCGGUAUAGGAAUGUCCUUCAUGGCAAUGAACCUCGGCGGAACUGUUUUACAGGCGUCCCUAAGUUUUACCGGUGCUGCGUCUGGCCCUCUUCUCGGGAUCUUUGUACUUGGUGCCUUUUUUCCUUGGGCAAACUGGAUUGGAGCUGUAGUUGGUAGUGUAUUUGGCCUGGUGCUACCCAUGUGGAUCAGUAUCGGGGCGUACAGUGUCGUAGGAACGACAUCUAACCUUCCGUUUCCCACCGACAACUGUACGGUAGAGGGCGCUUUCAACGCCACAACGCUUGUGAACAUUUCCGCAACGACACUUGCACCAGUCGUAGACGAAAUAACUGGCAUCAGUAAGCUUUACACUGUUUCGUAUCUUUGGUAUCCAUCGAUAGGGGCCGCUACAGUCGUCGUCAUUGGCCUCAUUGUCAGUUUCUGCACAGGAGCUAAUGGCACACAUGACAUUGAUCCAAAGUAUCUGAUUCCAUUUUUCGACCGGAUAUUCUGUUGUCUGCCGAAUUCCUUGUUAAGAAAAUUACGAUGUAAUAUGGAAUUUCCAGAUCCAGAGGAUAUCAAAGCUGACGAGCUUGAUGAGAAGGAUACGGAUCCCUCGGAACCUGGCGUGGUCCUUUCCCCCAUUACAACAGAAAAACCGGACAAAAAGCCAGACCCGUCGCCAAUAGCCUUAGUUGGAUAUAAACAGAAACAAGAUAAUCAAAACAUGUACCCCCACCUCGAGGAAUGCAACGGAGGAACAUAUGAAUAUAUAAACGGUGCUUACACACAGAAUUAGAUGUACAACGAGAUUUGUGUACGUUACAAUGAACAUUUAUAUUAAAAAUGUACUACAAAUCACUAAAUAUUUAUAAAUAUCACAUAUUGUCGUUGUAAUAUAUACCGGGAAACUAUUUUGCCAAGUCAUACUUCUGCCCUACGCCAGUAAAUGUCAACUGACCUCUCCUCAUUUGAUAAUUAUGCUUAUUACAUUGUUUAUCAAUAAUAUUCGCUGUUAUGAGAAAUUUGCAGAGAGUAAAUGUUUAAGUUAAACAGCGGCAAACAUGUCGAUUUUAUACAAAUACAAGGUGUCACUAAUUGAAAUUCCCAUUAUAAACAAUUACGUUUACUUUUUUUUCAAUGUCAAUGAGAUAUAAACAAAAUGUGAGAGAUGUUGUUAACAAAAUUGAUGAUUUGUUUCUACGAUGUUUUGCGAACAUUCAUCAUAAGAGCGUAUUUGAAACUUGUUCCUUUCGACGUAUUCAACAAAUGAAAUGUAUUCAUUGUUAACGAUUAAAGAAUUAAUGUUGAAAUGUUAAUUUUGCUAUAAAUAGCUUUAUGUGGUAAAUGCAAAUUUAAAGAUACAUUGCGAAAUUUGCAUACAACACCAUCCGAGACAUUCUUGAAAUUCCUCGAAUAUGUAAUGAUAAUAUCUAGGAUUCAGUACUGCUACAUGUACAUCCAAUCUGAAGAGAAGCGACAUCCAUGCUGAUCGAUUUUACCUUUACGUUUUCGCACGAUUUUUUGAUGUUCACCAAUGGAUCAAACUAGACUAUUUGUAUCGAUCGCAAGAUAGUAUGGUAGUGUCAUUGAUUCCAUCAAUCCAUAUUACAGGGGUACAGAUAACUAAAGUUAGCGAAAACUCAGUAACUGAUGAUGGAUCUUGUCACAUCAUUAGGGCUAGCUAUUCCGUUUUUUCGUAUUGCAGAAUUAUCUGCUCUUGUGAGCAGGUAUUGAUUGUUACGUCA